AUGCUCUUCGAGUUCGUCGGAAUUGUCUGGACGGACCCUGGUACGCAUAAUGUGCUUUACCACGAGGACGACAUCGACCUAUGCAAUGGGGAAGAAGUUGUACACCAACCUGGGAUGACGGCUAUCUUUGGCCAUGUGGCAGUGGAACAAAGAAAUUCCGAUACUUUGGACUCGCUAGGGGUGGAUGAUGAUGACGAAUGA